AGGAAGCACCUGGUGAAUAAGAGGGAAUAAAUGUACACAACCAGGCCCUUAUCUUUAUACAAACGUUCCACAGAAGCCAUCUCAUCAACGCCAGAAGGUCCAAAUUCUGGUUAUUUGGUACUCCGAGAUGAAGAAUCCACACCAACAUAUUUGUUCGGGUUGAUCAAGGGCUCGUCUAUAGAUGAUCUGCCAUUUCCACAAAAUAAGCGCCUCUCUGUCAGAUAUACAACAACCAGCAAUCAUAACGGGCACACCUCUCACCAUACUUCUGAUGAUGAGGUUUACUUGAUUCCUGUCAUCAACAAGCCACUCUCAUCCAACCAGUAUUAUGCAAUCAAAGCAGAUGGGAAAACAAAGGGGGAAUCAUAUGCAAGCUCAAGAGAAGAAGACAUAGGAACUAGCUGCUUUUGCAUCCCAACCAUCCGAGAUGUAAAACCAAGACCACCCUUUGAUGCAAAUGACAUAUAUCAGCAAUUUCAGUUCUCUGUAAAACAAACUUUUCUUGGUGGAAACCAGCUCUCAGCUAGAUCCGUAGCACCUGAUGGUCACCCACCAUAUUUUUUACGCAGAAAAGGAUGGCAUAUGAGCUCCAAAUCUCUAAAAAAUUUCAACAUGGGAGAGGCUCGCGGUAUUGACUCCUCCCUUAGAGCUCGUCUUCCAGACUUCAAUAUUUUCUCUUCUCAAGAAAGCUCAACAUCUGUGGUUGUUGGUAAGUGGUACUGCCCUUUUAUGUUUAUCAAAGAUGGGAGUGAGAAAGACCAAAUCAAGAAUUCCAUAUAUUAUGAAAUGACACUUGAGCAACGAUGGGAGCGGGUUUUUACUGCUGAGAGAAGCAAUAAUGAUCAGGAAAAGACAGUGAUAGUUGAUGUGGUGGUUCCAGCAGAGGUGGUAAGAAUUGCAGGGCAGCUAGAAGCGCAAGAAGAGAUGAUUGAUGGCAGAGGAGUGGUGUGGUACAAGGCAAUAGAUGGAAGUGGAACAGUAUAUCGGAUGGGGCUGAGCUCACUGAUUGUAGAAAGAAUAAUGUGGGAAGAAGGAAGAGUUGGAUGGACUAAAGAGAAAGAAAAGUGGAUCAAUGUGGUAAAAGAAGAAAAAUAUGAAGGAAUAACAGACUGGAAAGCUUUUGGUUGCUAUUUGCUUGUCGAAAGUUUUGUUCUGAAGCGGGGUGAUGGAAGCAUUAUUCUGACAUAUGAUUUCAGGCACACUCAUCAGAUACGAAGCAAAUGGGAAUGAUCAAUGAGUCCUGCAUUUUCUGGACAGAUAUGAAAAACUGUCUUCCUACAGUCCUGCUAUUCUGCAUGAUCCCUUGUAAACAUACAUAUACUUGCAAGGUCUACAAGGAUAUUGUAAAUAUGUAAUAACCUUAUAUUUUGUUGUAUUUUUUUCCCUCUUUUUAUUCCAAUAAUCUCCAUUGCUUUCA